ACGUAUAAUUGGUGGAGCACUGUGGACACAAAUAUCCUUGUGGGCCCAUGGUGCCCAGGAUUAAUAACAUAGAUUGUAGAUGCAUGUUAUUGUAUUACACACUCUAAACCUAUUCCACGGAUCCCUUGGCCAAUUAUUUUAACCUGUAGUUGUUAGUAAUAUUAAUUAAAAAUGAAUAUUUUUGAUCUGGCUGUGGACCGAUCCCUGCAGUACUUCCACAGACCCCACUUUGAGAAACGGAUCUAAUCGUCAAGCCCUUGACACGUCGAAUCAGCUGUUUUGUCCGUGUCUACAACAAACAUGUGUAGGCCUACUGUUGGUUGUACUCGAGGACCGGAGUUGGGGAAACUCUAGAUGCCACUUUCGCCAUACCCAAAAACGUUAAUCAAGUUGCAGCAGUUGCAACAUGGGUUCAUGUUGAUAUACUGGAAUCAAAUACGUGUUUUAUGAACAGGCGUGUUUUUUUGCUGCACAAAUUUGCCGCGAAUGAUAAAGCAUUGAUAAAGCAUGGAAUCCAAACACCUGAAGAACGCUUUCAAAUGGUCUAACAGAAUGUUGUUUUACGAACCGAAUGCAGAUGAUCGAAUGCAUACAAUCCACAUAACAAGCAAGCAAAAUAUAGGUGCAUCAUGGUUCAAUCUGCAGGAGUUCCACAGCUUUCAGAUAAUCAGGCUCCGCCAGGGAGACCCAGCUCUGCUACAGAGACAGACGUGAAUCUGAUUCACAAUACCCAGGCACCACCACCACCCAAGGAAAGUGGCCCAAAUAAGAGGAGGAAAGUGAGAGUGAGGGGAAACAGCACCAGGCCCAAGAAGAGAAUGACGGACAGCAGGGGUGUUAGUGAUAGACCACUAGUGGAGAAGCAGGGGGUGUGUGAUGAGGGAAGCCCCUUACCUCCACCCCUCCGUAUCUCUUUAAAAAGCCUGUUGGCGGCGGAGAUGAAGCUAGUGUAUGGUGACGAGCAGCACAACAUUACCCAGCAGCCCUCCAAGUCCCCAGUCAACUCCUCUGCUUCACAAUUUAUGUGUCAAGCCUCUGAAAUAGUAGGUCCUCCAAGUGGACCUAAUCUCGGCUUUCUGCCUCAAAUUGACAAAUGGCUGGAUGUAGCCUUACAGGAUGCCGACUCAUACUACCAACAGAAGAAAUAUGGGAUCGCAGCCAGUCGUUUUACCACAGCUCUGGAGCUGUGUUCAAAAGGCGCUGCAGUUGAACAAUCUUUGCAUGCGGUGUAUGAAGACAUUUCUAAGGUUGCCAGUUUGAUUGAGUCCAGACUUGUUGCCUGCUACCUGAGACUGAAGAGACCGAAGAUAGCCCUCAACCACUCCCACAGAGCCAUCCAGCUAAACCCCAUCUAUUUCCGCCACCAUCUGCGCCAGGCCAUGGUGUAUCGACUGCUGGGGAACCCAUGUGCCGCGGCGAGGAGUGCCAUGAUUGCUGACUGGGUGUACUGGCUGUCCGGGGGCUCAGAUGAACACAUAAGCAAGCUCAUCAAACUGUAUUGGCAGGCUCUGUUGGACGAGGCGAUCAUCACGGAGGAUGGUUUCUCUGUCAUGUACACCCCGUGCUCUGCUGGGGACUCCGUGGGGGAUUGCAUCGCCAAGGCUGAGGAGACCUUCAGGAAACAGAACCCUGCCUUCACAGACUACCUGUUCACAGACCCCAGUGGAGAUCACCUGCUGCCCCAGACCACAAACUGGAGCAAUCCCCCGUCCACCCAGCAGAAAUACGUCCUCACCCUGGGCUUCAGGAGGGGACAGGACGGCAGCUUCCUCAGCAAACUCACCAGCAGGACCUGCCCCUCUUUUACGGGACCCAGAGCCUCAUUCAGCUCCAGUAGCCCAGAGGACAUGGAGCGGGUGUGUGACACGUUCAGCAGGAGGAUCCUACCAGCCUUAGAUUUUAUUAAGUGCACCAAACUAGCUGCAGGUUUUUCCCCAGGGUCUGGGCUUGUGGAGAGGCUGCAGUAUGCUGGCUACCUGGGACAGAUCCAACGCAGCAGUGAGCAGACCGUCAUCCUCCACCAGGCACUGGCUGAGCUCGCUGUCGCCCCCUACCUGCAAGACCUCAGCCACGCAGAGACCUCACUGCUGCAGGCUCUAAUGGCAGACACCAUGGACACCCUUGAAGGAAGGCGGACUGAUAGAGAACGUGUGUGGAAUGAAAUGCAAAAGGUGGGGAUGUUGGAGGAUCUGUUGUUCCAACUGGAGGAGACCUAUCUGAAGAACAAGGCUCAGAGGGCCAGUAGGAAGCAGAGGGCCGGGGUCCAGGGGGCAGAGGGGAAAGCCAGAGGAAGACCCAAAGCAGGGGUCAAAAUAGAAGCCAAAGGAGGGAGUACAGUGGUGACAGACAAGGCCAAAGUCCGUCCCACUGAAACCCAGCAGGAGACCGCAGUAGCACCAAUGACCUUACCAGACCCAUGAUCUGCAGGCCAGGACAGUGGAGGACCAAAGUCGUCGUCCUCCUCAAAAUGAAUGGACACCCUCCUCUCACAAAGCCUCAUCUUCAGUCCCAGCAUCUUUCACACCAUUACUCUAGGCUGGCAGAAAUAAAUGGACUCUGCAGCCUUGCUUUCACUCUGAUUUAGGGUCUGUUUUUAACACUCCUCCUUGUUUACUCGUUAAGAUAGCGUCUCUAGCCCCACUCCUAGAUGAAAGACCUAGCUGAUUCAAACGUGUGGGAGUGUUCAAUGUAUACACAUUGAGAUGUUUUCAUGUUUAAACUCGCUAAUUUAUGAUUGUUCAUGCAAGUUGUAAUAUGACAGAUGGUUUGUAAACACAAGCAAAUCCAUAUGUUUUUUUUUUGCCACUCAACCCUUAGGAGGAAAAGAAAGGUGAUUCAAAUAAAACAAACAUGCUUCCUCCUGAAGUAGCUAGCUGGAAACAGCAGCAUACACACUUUGUCUACAGUAUGAUGACCAUGUUACUACAGUCUGGAGUAUCACAGUCAUUUCAAUGCCAAAUGUGCAGUUUGGGGAUUGAUCGGGCAGGGCAAAACCUUGUGAGUAAACACAAUCAGUGGGGCCCUCGUCACUCACGUGCCCACGGCUGAUCCAUCAACUGGCCGGUCAGCACCGGCUUCCCAAAGUAGUUCCUCUGAGACAGCCAAUCAGAGGCGCUCUGUGCCAUCGACAGCUGCUUUCUCUCUCCUGUUAUCUACUCUCUCUGGGAAAACAAAGGCUGGUCUCUCUCUUUUUCCUUACUACUGCUGAAUAAUCCACAUUUCCCUAUUUGAGGAUUCAUUCAACGUUCCUACUCUACAGUACAGUGUUUAUCUCUUACUCUCUCAUCCCACCCUCCAUCUGUCUUUUGCUUCCUCCGUUUCCAUUCAGAUGGGUGCUUAAUACCUUGGGGAUUCUGUUGACACCCGAGUCGGCAUAAGAAAUGUUGUGAUCAGCAAUAUGGGCAUGCAUUAUUUUAUUCUCUGAAUAAAUGAAUGACAUUUAUUGAGUGGUCGGGGAGAGAAAACGUUGGCAUAGGUACUCUAUUGGCAUCUUUAAAAGAUUAGUUAUGCCCGGUGCAGUUUCCAUUUGGUAAACAAUUAUUAUAAUCCAAGCCUACAUGCAUAUUUAAUGAACACAUUGAAGGCCAUAGCCUUGUUUUUCACUUUUGUGUAAAGCUCUUUAUAUGAAAAUGGUUAGAAUGGCGAUAUAGGAAUGCUAAUGUGGUUAGUUACUUUUUGUGUUUUAAUUAGUGCACUGUUUUGCAGUGUUGCCUCACUGCCUGUUGUUGCCCCACUGCCUGUUGUUGCCCCACUGCCUGUUGUUGCCCCACUGCCUGUUGUUGCCUCACUGCCUGUUGUUGCCCCACUGCCUGUUGUUGCCUCACUGUUGCUGCCUCACUGUUGCUAACACAGUUUUGUGGCACACUUGACAUGGGUUCACACUGAUGCCUGGUUCAGAAUUGGUCAGUUGAUGUCUAUUAGCUGCUGGAGUUGAUGUAGAGUGGAAGAGGUCAUGGAGUUUACUGAGUAGAAUGGAACUGUCAUGGCGAUGGUGUGGUCACGUUUUUCACAGUUUUUACUAAUUGGUGUGCGAGCAUCAAGUACCAAAUGUAAUUAUUUGUUGUUGAAUGAAGAACCACGUCUUGACAGACCAGGGCCCGGUUUCCCGAUAGCGAUGGAACUUAUUCUUACAAGUGUUUUAGGAUGCAUCUUUCAUAUAAUUUAAAACGUAUAUUAUUAGCCCAUCCAACACACCCCCUUCAGAUGACAAAAUAGCUUUUUCAGUUUUUACAGCUUUUUUGUUACUUGUGUGUAUGUAUAUAUGUAUACACACACACACACACACACUACCAUUCAAAGGUUUGGGGUCACUUAGAAAUGUCCUUGUAUUUGAAAGAAAAGCAAAAAAGAAUUGUCCAUUAUAACAUCAAAUUGAUAGAAAUACAGUGUAGACAUUGUUAAUGUUGUAAAUGACUAUUGUAGCUGGAAAUGGCUGAUUUUUAAUAUCUACAUAGACCCAUUACCAGCAACCAUCACUCCUGUGUUCCAAUGGCACGUUGUGUUAGCUAAUCCAAGUUUAUCUUUUUAAAUGGCUAAUUGAUCAUGAGAACCCUUUUGCAAUUAUGUUAGUACAGCUGUGAACUGUUGUUUUGAUUAAAGAAGCAAUAACACUGGC